UCUGCGGUCCCCGCCGCUGAUUGGUCGGGGGGCGGGGCUUCGCCUUCCCGCGCCCAAGAUGGCGGAGCGCGCGACCAAGCGGCCGAGGCCCCAGGAAGAAGUCCAGAAGGUCGACUGGCGGAAAUGGAAACAACAGAGAAAAGAGGAGAAAAAGAAGUGGAAGGAGAUGAAGCUGGUGAAGAAACUGGAAAAGCAGCGAGCCCAGGAGGAGCUGAAGAAACACCAGGAGGAGGAGGAGAAGCAGAAGAAAUCCAAUGGGAGGCCCUACACCCUGAGCGUGGCCCUGCCCGGCUCUAUCCUCAACAACGCCCAGUCUCCAGAGCUGCGCACCUACCUGGCCGGCCAGAUUGCCCGGGCCUGUGCCAUCUUCUGUGUGGAUGAGAUCGUAGUGUUUGACGAGGAGGGCGAAGACUCCAAGAGCGUGGAGGGCAAGUUUGACGGCAUCGGCAAGAAGGGACGGGCCACUGUGCAGCUAGCCCGCAUCCUGCAGUAUCUGGAAUGUCCACAGUACUUACGGAAAUCCUUCUUCCCCAAGCACCAGGACCUCCAGUUUGCAGGGCUCCUGAACCCCCUGGACGGCCCACACCACGUGCGUCAGGAUGAAGAUUCGGAGUACCGCGAGGGGGUGGUCCUGGCUCGGCCCUUCAAGCCGGCACGCGGCUCCUUUGUCAACUGUGGCAUGAGGAAGGAGGUGCAGAUCGACAAGCAGCUGGAGCCGGGGCUGAGGGUCACCGUGCGGCUAGACCGGCAGCAGAUCCCAGAAAGCAAGAACCACAAGGGCCGGGUGGUGUCUUCCCAGGAGCCCCGCACGGAAGCCGGCCUCUACUGGGGCUACAGUGUCCGCCUGGCCUCCUGUCUCAGCGCUGUGUUUGCCGAGGUCCCCUUCAAAGACGGCUACGACCUGACCAUCGGCACCUCGGAGCGAGGCGGGGACCUGGACUCGGCCCGGCUCCCCGACUUCCGCCACGCACUCAUCGUGUUCGGCGGGCUCCAGGGGCUGGAGGCCGCUGUGGACGCAGAUCCCAACCUGGAGGUGGUGGAGCCCAGCGUCCUCUUCGACCUUUAUCUCAACACCUGCCCCAACCAGGGCAGCCGCACCAUCCGCACAGAGGAAGCCAUCCUCAUCUCCUUGGCAUCCUUACGACCCCGGAUCAUCCAGGCUGGGGCCAAGCCUUGCUGAAGGGCAGGAGGACAACGCUGAUGGCUACAGGAAGGCCCAUCUCCCGGGCAUCAGGAUCAGCUGGCUCUGCCUUCUGCCACAGAAGUUGGGGUGGGGGGCGGGGAGGGGGACAGGACUGGCCUUUGCCCGUCCCGCCCAGGCCGGUGGACCCAAGAACCGGAGCAGCCUCCGUUUGGGUCCGAGGAGCGGGGAGCAGAGUGGCGGGUGCCAGUACGGACGGUGCUGGCCCCAGGCAGACAAUAAAACAGAACCUCUCGUCA